CUUAAUUCAUUCCUUGAGCUUGUUUCCCUGUCAACCACGAAGCCAAACAACCACCAAUCCAAACACUGCCACCAUUGAGUGCCAGUAACUUGACUCACAUCUCAACCUAACUUCUCCAGACCCCGAAGUUAAAUUUCGAAUCAGGGAUAUCACGAGAAUGGCUUCCAAAAGAGCGGCUUCUGCGUUCAUAGAGAUGGCUGCCGCGAAGCGCCUUCGCGCGUCCGAGACCAAGGCCGUCGCCCAGUCGUCGUCGUCACUGGAUAUGAUUCCGGAUGACGUUCUCUCCCUCAUCGCCACAUCCAUGGCGUCAAAGUGCGCAUCGGCGGCGGAGUUCGCCAGCGUGCGCGUCUCCUGCAAGCGCUUCCACGAAGUCUCCAUGUUCCCCGAAGUCCUCUCCGCGCUCCCCCUCUCCGCGCUCACCUGCCCCGCGCGCGCCUACUCCGCCUCCUACCGCGCCUUCCUCCGCGCGUGCGCGGACGCGCGCAACAACGAGGCCGCGUUCCUCCUCGGGAUGAUCGAGUUCUACUGCCUAGGCGACCGCAAGGAAGGAGUUAAACACCUAGUCCAAGCCGCGAAGGCCGGGCACCCCGGCUCGCUGCAUUCGCUCGCAGUCGUGCAUUUCAACGGCAGCGGCGGCGCGGUUCCUGAGCGGAAGCUCUCCGUCGGAGUGCUUCUCUGCGCCAGCGCGGCGCAGCAGGGCCAUGUGGCGGCGCUGCGCGAGCUGGGGCACUGCCUGCAGGACGGGUACGGGAUCAAGAAGAACGUGGCGGAGGGGAGGCGGUUACUGAUGGAGGCGAAUCUGCGGGAGUUCGCAGCCAGCCAGGUGUUGUCUAGUGAAGGCGGUUUCCCCGAGGCCGAGCAGAAGCUUCGGCAGCUCGACGCAGUGAUUAAGUCCGUGCGGGCGGUGAUUCCGAAGCUGAGUGCCGACGACGCGCGGACUAAUGAGCAGGACCAGAUUAAAGACGGACAAGUUCCGGCUGCGGUGGAGGCGGAGUCGCGGGCGCAGGAGCACGUGAGCGCGCACGAGCACGCGCACGCGGAGUCCGCCGCCCAGGCGGCACCCUGCAACCCGCCGUCCACCAACGGCGUGUCUUCCCCCGCGCAGCUGCUGCAGUCCCUCUGCCGCUGCCUGCGCCCGCUCAUGAGCGACUUCGGCUGCGCCGUUCCGGAUCUCCCCCUCCCCCCCGCCUCGCGCUUCCUCCUCGAGUGGAACGCGGAGCACGGCGUCCCCGCGCCCGAGGGCGGGCUGAAGGUGUGCGGAAACGUGCGGUGCGGGCGCCCGGAGACGCGCGUGCGCGAGUUCCGCUGCUGCGCCGUGUGCUCGGGGCCGAGCUACUGCUCGCGCGCGUGCCAGGCGCUGGACUGGCGCGCAGGGCACAUGGAUGUUUGCCAAGAAGCUCCUUCGGCGGAGGAUGCGGUUCAACUGGGGGAGGGUGAGGCUGUGGAGGUUGCUUGACAGAUGCAAGGAAGAAAUUCGAUUACAAGAAAUUCGUUAAUAGCCUGGUUACUCCUGGAGGCUCAUCUGUUUGGCCUGAUGGCCAUGUUAGCCUUCUAACAACUAACUGACCAAGACUGACCAAGUCUUCUGUGGCACCUGUUGUACUGUGACAUCAUGUAUUCUAAUUAUCAUUUUCGCCGAACUGUGUAUGUUUGACAUAGUAAGUAAAAAAGCAAGGAAGUU